AUGGCGACAGCGAACCAUUCAGCUCGCGCAAUGGUUCCGCUUCAGUUGCUGGGCCUGGUAUUGGUCGUAGUCGCUGCCUUGAUGAGCCAGACUUCGACCGCUCAGUCCGCCACCUGCUACGCCCCGUCGGCCCUCAACUUCACCAGCGCCCAGGGUGCCCUCUGGCUCAACGGCCAGCCCUUCAAGCUCAAGGGCACCUCCUGGUUCGGAUUCGAGACGGGGAACAAGGUGGUGCACGGACUGUGGACGAGCAGGUCCUACCUGAACCUCCUCGACUUCCUCGCCACCAACAACUUCAACGCCAUCCGCAUUCCGUUCUAUCUGGACUUGGUGCUCAAUGACGCGCAGCCGAGCAGCAUCAACUACGGCGCCAACCCCGACCUGCAGGGCCUGUCCUCGAUGCAGGUCAUGGACAAGGUGGUCCAGGCCGCCGCCGCGCGCGGCCUCCUCAUCAUGUUCGACCUCCACUCGUUCUUGCCGGACACGAACAUUCAGGACAACACGUGGUACAACGGCGCCAAUCCCGAGUCGAAGGUCAUCUCCGGCUGGACCAAGCUGCUGCAGCGCUACAAGGACCAGUGGAACGUGUUCGCGGCUGACAUCAAGAACGAGCCGUACGCAGCGACGUGGGGCACGGGCAACACGGGCACGGAUUGGAACCUGGCCGUGGCGAGGAUCGCGGACGCCAUCGCCGCGAGCGUGAGCAGCCGCUUCCUUAUCUUCGUCGAGGGCGUCGCCUCCAGCCCCGCCUGUACCGACGCCUGCUUCUGGGGCGAGAACCUCAUCGGUGUGAGGACUCACCCGGUGCAGCUGCGCAAUCCGUCGAAGCUGGUGUACAGCCCGCACGUCUACGGUCCGUCGGUCUACGGCCAGCCCUACUUCUCUGUGGGCAACUUCCCCGCCAACAUGCCCGCCAUCUGGGACACCCACUUCGGCUUCAUCCCCUCCACCACCGGGUCGGCGGUGGUGAUCGGUGAGUGGGGCGGACACUACACGGGCUCGAACCAGGUGUGGCUCGAGGCCAUGGGCAACUACCUCCUGUCCAAGCGCAUGACGGACCAGUUCUUCUGGUGCCUCAACCCCAACUCGGGCGACACCGGCGGCCUGCUCCAGAACGACUGGACGACGCCCGAGCAGAGCAAGCUCACGCUGCUGGCCAAGGUGGUCCCGGCGCCGACGAAGUUCACCACCAACGCCAACGGCCAGGUGUGCGUGUCCGGCGGCUCCGCACCCGCCGUGUCGGCCUCCGCUUCGCCCAAGGCCGCAGUCUCGGCGUCAGCAUCGCCCAAGGCCGGCGUGUCGGCCUCACCGUCGCCCAAGGCGCCCGCCGCGUCGGCCUCGCCGUCGCCCAAGCCCUCUGGCGGCUCGAACCAGUUCAGCUUCUGCUGCGGCUCGUCGGUCUGGUGGAUGGCAGUCACCAUCCCCGGCAGCUCCUCUGUGCGCAUUGACUGCGGCAACGGCCAAGGUUGGCAGAACAUGGUGGCUGGCUGGGAGCAGUAUGUCUGGACCUUCGCGUCUGGCAAUGGCCAGCCAUGCUCCACCACCCUCAAGUUCCAGGUCAAUGGAGGCGCCACCCAGACCGUGCAGGCCACCUUCUAA